AUGGCGCAGCAGCUCCUCGCCGACAGCAACGGCUGGCUGUCCUUCAGCCACAGCACGCCCGUUCUCUACAUCACGGCCGAAGAGGACGAGUUCGACGUGGAGACGAUGCGCGCCUGGCGCGACGAAGGCUUCAUCGUCAAAUACCUGCCCAUGGGCAAGGACGGCAAGCAGUACGUGAAGACGCUGCACCACCUGGGGGAUGGCUUGGGCAUCGGCGAGCGGUAUGCGAUCGUAGCCUUCGGCGAGGCAGCGUCCAUCUGCCUCGAUGUGUAUGGCGAGCCCAAGACGGCAACGAGCAAGCUGUGCUCUCUGGUGGCGUACUAUCCGACGAGCAUACCCGACCCGCGACACCGCUUCACGGCCAGUUUCCGCGUGCUGGUCCACCUUGCGCAGGGCAGCGGUGCGCACGAGGAGACCGUCGGCAUCGUGCGCCGGCCCGAAGUGCUGGGCAUCCAGGCGCGCAAGAAGACGGUCGAGAAGCGCGUCACGCCCGGCAUCGGUGCUGGGGGCCUGCUCGCCAGGCUCGAGUACCCAGCCUACACGUACGAGGGCGUCGACCCAGGCUUCGCCGAGCACGACCUGGACGAGUACGAUGCGGUGGCAGACGGCAUCGCCUGGAGUCGCAGUCUGAGCGUCGUGCGCAGAGGCUUCAACGCCGAAGUCAACCUCGAACGCCCGUGGGAGGACAAUAUGGAGCAAAAGUACCGCGGCAAGAACGUCCAAAAGCUCAUGGAGACGCACGUCAACCACCCCACGCCCUGCCUCAACUUUACACCGACCAUGACGGGCGGCUUUGGUCGAGAUGAACUCAAGCGCUUUUACGCCGACUACUUUCUGAAAACCGCUCCACCCUCACUGCACUUGCGGCUUGUAUCGCGCACGGUCGGUGUGGACAGAAUCGUCGACGAGCUGUACGUUCAGUUCAAGCACACGUGCGAGAUGCCGUGGAUCCUGCCCGGCGUCCCACCCACCAACCAGAAGGUGGAGAUUAUUGUAGUCAGCAUCGUGGGCAUGCGUGCCGGAAAAGUCUGGUCGGAGCGUGUGUACUGGGACCAAGCCAGCGUUCUGUUCCAGGUGGGACUGUUGGAUUCGGAAGAGGUGCCUGAGAAGUUCAAGAAAGCCGGACUGGAAAUGCUGCCCGUGAGCGGGAGUGAAGCGGCAAGAAAGGUCAUGGACAUUGAGAGCGAAGAGGCCAACUUCAUGAUUGAUGACUGGUGA